UGUUGUCUGUUGGUUAUACAUACAGUACUUGUACACCUAGCCUAUAAUAAAAAAAUUAGUUUUUUACUAGAAUUCAGACAAUCUGAGCGUGAACAGUAUCAUUACUAUAAUUUAAUUCAUCUGUAUUGAUUCAAAACCAAACAUCGAAAACAAUAAUGGAAACUAUUUUAGAACAAAUGCGUCGUCGUCACGAAGAACGUGAACGUUUAACCGACGCUAUGGUUAAAGAAAAGCUAAAGCUUCUGAAAAAACCUAGUCACAGAGAAACAAUCAAUUCGGAACAUCGCUUAAAAUUACUCCUCGACCAGUACAUGGACAGCUCACAGAGCUUGUUAGAAUUGUAUGAAGACAAAGAUGGGCAAAGGAAGGAAGAGAUUCAAGCUCUCUCCGGACCAAAUGAGUUUACAGAGUUUUACAAUCGUCUGGAAAGUAUCAAAGAGUUUCAUCGCAAACACCCUAAUGAAAUUAGUGUACCCAUGUCAGUAGAAUUUGAAGAAUUAGCUAGGCUUAGAGAUAACCCAACUGAAGAAAAUGCAAAUCUUAUAGACUUUACUGAUGAAGAGGGAUAUGGAAAAUAUUUGGAUCUACAUGAGUGCUAUGAAAAAUACAUCAAUUUGAAGGGUGUUGAAAAAGUUGAUUAUAUUACGUAUUUAACAAUAUUUGAUCAUUUAUUUGAUAUUCCUAAAGAUAAGAAGAAUGCAGAAUACAAAAAAUAUGUUGAAGCUCUGCUUGAGUACCUCAUGGACUUUUUAAGCAGAGUUAGACCUCUUCAUGAUGUAACCAAUGACUUACAAGAAGCAAAUAAAGAAUUUUUAUCGCAAUGGGAACAAAAUACUUUUCCUGGUUGGCCAAAAGAAGCUGAAAGUGCUUUAACAAAUAUUGGAGCACAUUUAGAUCUUUCAGCUUUUUCAUCAUGGGAAGAACUAGCAUCUUUAGGUCUUGACAGAUUGAAAUCAGCACUGUUGGCUUUAGGUUUAAAAUGUGGUGGUACAUUGGAAGAAAGAGCUCAAAGGUUAUUUAGCACUAAGGGAGAAGCAUCUUUAGAUCCGAAUCUCUUGGCUAAAAAGAAGCAAAGACGACAAGGAAAAAUGAAAAAUGCGGAAAAACAAAUGGAAAUUGCAUGCUUAGAAGCACAAGUGUAUAAACUUGCUGAAUUGGUUUCAAGCCAAAGAACAGCUACAAAAGAAAAUGUGCAACGUAAACAAGCUCGUACAGAAGGAGAACGAGGUGAUUCUGAUGUUGAGGCCAGUGCAAGUGAGUCUGAAGAAGAAGAUGAUAGUGAUAUUCCCUACAAUCCAAAGAAUUUACCUCUAGGUUGGGAUGGAAAACCUAUUCCUUAUUGGUUGUACAAAUUGCAUGGAUUAAACAUAAGCUACAAUUGUGAAAUUUGCGGUAACUUUAUGUACAAAGGACCAAAAGCAUUCCAGCGUCACUUUGCUGAAUGGAGACAUGCUCAUGGCAUGCGAUGUCUAGGCAUUCCUAAUACUGCCCACUUUGCCAAUGUGACACAAAUUGAAGAUGCUCUUGCAUUGUGGGAAAAAUUAAAAUUACAAAAGCAAACUGAAAGGUGGCAACCAGAACAAGAAGAAGAAUUUGAAGAUUCUCUUGGUAAUGUGGUCAAUAGAAAAACAUAUGAAGAUUUAAAAAGACAAGGACUAUUGUAAAUGUCAUUUCAUUAGACAGCAACUUAUAAUAAUGUAUUAAAUAAUAUAAAAAAAAAAUACCUCUUGAAAUGCUCUUUUAAGGCAAGCAAGUUUAAGUUCAUAUAAUUCUAUUAUUCAAGUUUUAUUAUUAAAUAGAAUUAAGGCGUUAUAGCAAAAAUAGUUGUAAAUAGUAUGACAAUAAACUAUAAUCUUAAUCAUGA